AAGAUAUGUGUUUCAAGGUCUCACUGGAUGAUGCCACACAAAUCGAAACACACAUAUUUCAACAACAAGAAAAGAGUAACUAAGACGGACUUACUCUUACAUGAGGACAAUGUAUAUAAAAAUAUGCAAGAGUCACAGGAGACCCACAUAUCCAACCACUUAGAUGAAGUCGUUGCUGCUGUUAGCAUCAAUCCUAGAAAGAAGAUCCAGAGCAAGCUGCCGCAGACAGUGCUGUUCCAGCCUCCUCGAGAGAAACUCCACCUCUGUGAAGAGAAAGCCAAGUCCUACCUCAGCAGUCACCAAUGUAAAGAGGCUGUCCAGGAACUUGCACGCUGCGUAGCGUUGACGAGGAUUUGCUACGGCGACUGCCACUGGAAGCUGGCAGAGGCGCAUGUGAGUCUGGCUCAAGGCUACCUCCUGAUGAAAGGAUUUUCGCUGCAAGCAAAACAACAUGCAGAGAAAGCCAAAGAGAUCCUCACCGACUUCAUUGUGCCUCCUUAUAACGAUAAUACGGAUGUCUUCAAGUGUUCGGUAGAGCUUUUCCAUACCAUGGGAAGAGCCUUCCUUUCCCUUCAAAAAUUUAGUGAAGCUUCAGAGAAUUUGGUGAAAGCAGAGAGACUUUCAAGGGAGCUGCUACAGUGCGGGCGGAUUGUAAAGGAAGAGUGGAUCGAAGUCCAAGCACGGAUCAAGUGGUCAUUUGCACAGGUCUAUCACAGUCAAAAGAAAUCACAAGAAGCUCUGCCCCACUACCAAGAGGCGCUGGAAUAUAUGGAGAUCAGCAGAGGCGAAGAGAGCCCUGAGUAUGUAUCCAUCCUGAGAGAUUUAGCAGGCGCAGAGCAAGCCCUGGGGCUCCACGACACAGCCAUCAAUCAUUUCUUACAGGCUCAUGUCCUCGUCCUGGGGAGGAGCCCCUCUCGUGAGGAGGCGGCGGACUCUGCACACCUUGUCGCCUCUGCUGCUGUUGCUUCCAGGAGGCCGGAGCACCAUGAUGUGGCUGAGAAGUAUUUUCAAGAGAGUAUGGCUCAUUUAAAGGAUUCUGAAGGAGCAGGAAACAUCAAAUUUCUUGCAGUUCAGGAUGAAUUUUGCCAUUUCCUACAAAUCACUGGACAAAAAGAGAGAGCAAACUUGAUCCUGAAGGAAUCCCUGGAGGCCAAAGUGGAAGCAUUUGGCUAUUUCAGUCCUGAGGUGGUUGAGACUUACAAGCUCCUGGGUGGAGCAGACCUGGCGCAGGGGAACCACAGCGGGGCCCACAAGAACCUGAAGAAGUUGUGCUGGAGAAAGAUGAUGGUAGCUUGCUCCAAGACAGUGGCCAGGGGAUGGAGCAAAGUCAUGGGGGAGUCCAGGGAUGGCAGUAAGGACAUAGAGCCCACGGCACUUGGCAACCUGGAGUGUCUUCAGAUUCAGACGCUUUUGUACGGACCCCAGGACAAGAGGACCGUGGCCACCCAGCAAUCAGUGGACGUCCUAUCCAGGGCACCCGAGGGCGCCAUGAAGCCAAGGCAGUCUCCAAAAGCCAAAGCAGCCUUCUGCACCAGUGCCCCUCAGUGCUCUAUCCCCAGGAAGGGCAGGCCCAACCAGGCAGACUGAAAUCCCCACCAUGUACACCCCAGAGAAAGCUUUGGGCCUCUGGGGUGCUGCUGUGCAAAUCUCUCUCUGGCCAGAAGGUGGAAUUUUUAACAGUCCUGACACAGAUCUUCAAGGCUGGCUGUCUGAAUGUUCUACAGCAACACCACCGCCCACCCUCCCCACCACCGGCGGGCCACAUUUUGACAGUGGAUGCCCUUCAGGGGGAGCUGGGACUGCUAUUUGGAUUUUUGUCCAUCAGCAUUACUAUGGCUGAAAGACUUCCCUUCGAAAGUGCAGAACUUCCUGUGCAGGAAAUUAAACUGGGCGUGAUUGUACGCAUAGCCCCUUGCAUGGAUCUGGGGUCAGAUUUGAAACAGUAAGACGCUGGAAAAAGCCAUUUUCUUAUAGGAACCGAGAAUAAAAUGCCAAUAAAGAGAAACUUGAGAGUACUGGUGUAUGUGUUUUAAAAUGAAGACUGGGGCUGAAGUGUAACUCAG